CUCUCUCCCCCUUAUCUCUCUUUCUCCCUCCCGGGUCUCUUUUUUCACCUUGCUCGGAGCGGUGGUGGGGAGCGGCGGCGGCGGCGGUCGGGAGCGGUGGACGGUGGUGGGGACGGCGGUAGGGAGCGGCGGCGGCCUGGCUGCUCUACCGCCGCCGCCUCGGCUCCAUCGAGUUCUUCCCGCGGGACUUCGACGCUGUGGAGCAGCGGAGGUCUUCCAAGAAGUCGCCGUCCAAGAAGCCGACCAAAUCGCCAGGGGCACUCGACGGGCAUCCGCCGCGCCUCGCACCGACGCGGAUUCGCCUCGCCUCGUUGCCGCGUCAACACAGAUCCUCCUCGCCUCGCCACCUCGCUGACGUGGAUACCUUGCUGCCUCGCCGACGUGGAUCCGUCGUGCAAGCACCGCCCGCGGGCUCACCACGCUGCGCCGCCGCGCCCCGACAAGGAUUCGUCGUCGGCCUCCUCGCCCCGUCGUAGACAUGCCUGGAAACGCCGGCCGCGGGCUCGCCUCGAUGUCAUCGUCCGCUGGCCGCCGCGCCCCGAUGCGAAUCUUCGAGCUCACCGCCACAUCGUGUGGACGAUUGCGUCUUGGAGAGAGACGGCAAUUUUGCGUUCCCUCUCUCCUCAUAUGCAAAAUGCCUCCUCUGUUUGCUUUGUCUGUUGGAGGCUGUUUUGCGUUUUGCCUUCUCUGUUGGAGACAAUCUAAGGCGUGUCCACAGGGCGUUGGCGGAAGCACCGACCGUGAGCUUGUCGACGGCGAGGUGCAGGUCAUGCGCGACAUGGCGACACGGAGGGCACUGUCGAGGCGGGCAGCGGCCAGAAACGCCGUGGGGAAAGGCUGGGCCUCCGCUAGGUCGAGGAUCUCGUCGAUCUCACUGUGCAGUCAACGCCCUCGUCGUCGGGCCCAGCAGCCGCAAGCGACGCCCUCGCUGUCGGGCCCUCGACACCGUACACUUGCCGCCGGACGCCGCCGUCGCCAGUGCCGAGGCGGAAGGGGCCGAGAAGAAGAAAGGAGGGAGAGAGAGAGGUUAUUAAAGGGAGGGGAUGACAUGUGGGCCAGCUUAACUUUUUUUAAUUUAUUUGAUGACUAGGCGGCCACAUGUACACCACGUCAGCGAAAACCACUCUUAAAACAGCCGAGGGAGUCGUUUUAGACGGUUUUAAUAGUUUAAGAAGUCAUCAUAUUUGGUUUUGUGGUUUAAGGAUAUGAAUAAGAUUCGACGUAUA